AUGGACCCUGAAGAAGAUGCGAGCGCUGGAGCCGCCUUGCACCUCGGCAAAGCAAAAGGCAAGAUGGACUUUGACCCUGCCAACCGCGACGUGCCCACGCCUCGGUACGAACUCGAGUCUGGAUCGGAGGACGAGCUGGAGGCCGAGACAAGCAGGCGCGGUGCGCAAGAGUCUCUGCGGCUGCUCAGGGCCGAUGGAUCCGAUGCAGCGGGCGCGCUCGAAUCCGGCUCAAAGCUGGUGAUCCUCGUCGCAGGUGCAGGGAUGGCACUGCUUGGCUCGCUGGGAGCAAGUGCGCCGGCCCAGCAGUACACGCUGCAGGCUGGCGGCGAGCAACAUGCUGGCGUUGGUGUGGUCGACUCGACGGCUGGCGACAAGCUUACCGUGGCCGUGGUUGCUCCUCCGCCGUCGACGCACUCGUCGCGCUUCCACGGCAUGGCGAGGACACUGCUGGAAGCGACGAAGCCAUCCAGCGUGGUGAUUGUGGAUUCGUACAGCCCACAGGACCAGCUGCACCGCUCGGCGUACGAGUGCGAGUCGGACGCCGAGUCUGAAGCGCCGAUCAAGUACCUCGCCUCGCUGCACUUCCUGGCGGGCAACAAGGUGGAUGCAAAACGAAUGGCGCCUCUGCGCGCACCCGAGGCAGCGAGUGGACCAGGCGCCGCGUUCUUUUCCGAAGCGAUUGUGCGCGACGUACCGGCGUUACUUACGCUGCUUGAAGACGUGAGCUUCCAGUCGCACGUCCAGCUGUACGGCUCGCUCGGAUCGGCGCGACUUUCCGCCUCCUCGUCGCAGGCGCUUGCGGCCGUGACGGGAUUGAGCGCCACCAAGACCAACACUUGCACUCGCACCAUUCUGGACUUUGCGACGGCGAGACGCACGCAGCCUGCCGCCAACCUGGCCGUGUUGGGCGACGGCAACAUAGAGAGAUCGCUAUACGACGAUCCGCCCGCGCUUCCCCACGUGGCGACGCGAGUGAAUGCGGGGCUUUGGCACGGCUUGGCUGGCGAGGUGCUGCAGCUCGACGCAGCGCAGCGCAGCUCGGCGCAGCUCAGCGCAUCAUCGUCGUCAUCAACCGCAUCACCGCUGCUCAGCGCUCAGCCAUUUCCACUCGGCAGCGCUUGGACAGCAGCAGUGCACCGACCGCCAGCCAACGGCAACGGCAGCCUCGGCUUGCCAGGCAUCACUAUUUUCGGCCUCGGCCCGCCAAUCUCUUCUUCGUCGCUCAGCCCGCAGCCGCAGCCGCAGCCGCAGCACCAUCUCCAUCUCCAUCCUCAUCCACCCACUCACCCACUCACUCACUCACUCAAUCUGCCAGCCCUCCUUUGCGUCCCUCGGACCUUGAUUCUGCUGCAGGGACUCGCGUCGAGUUUCGUCACCUCCGCAUCUGCACGCUUUUCACCCUUCUCCGCCCGCCCACCUGGCUCCAUAGCCCCUCCCCGGCCUGACCUCAUCGCCCUCACCUGCUCCUCCGACUGCACCUGCACCUCGACCCGCGUUGACUGUCCAGCCCCGGCUUGCACCAUCGUCCACCGCUCCCGACAGACGCCGCUGCCCUGCCGUGCCGUGCCGUGCCGUGCUGCAGUCGUACCACACCGCGCCGUGCCUCACUCACCGACAUCGUCAUCUGACGCUCAUCCCUGGCCCUUGCAUCCAACCCAACCACGCCCCGACCAUCUCGACCCACACUCGCCGCACUGCCUCCUCGUCAUCUCGAGCACCUCGCAGCUGCCUCGGCUUCUUGAUCCGUCUAAGCUUUAA